AAUAUCCAAUAAUAAUUAUGACAACGACGAUGAUGACGAUGACGAAUAUGAAGAUGACGAAGAUGACGACGAAUAUAGUUACAAUCCGGGACAUUGUCGCCGUGAGGCUCUUCGUUGCCAAAAAUUAAGAAACAAGGCAUUUAGAAAUGCAUCAGAAGCUUAUAGGGGACAAGAGUAUGAUCAGGAAAUGAAAACAUGGAAUUUGAGAUAUGUAAUGUCGUCAACUGAACAACAAAGGAAUGGCAAGAAUAUUAUUGAUUUACAUGGAUUAACAGUUGAUCAAGCAGUAUAUGUAGUGAGGAAGCAUUUAAAUAGAUUAUAUCCAAAAGGUGAUAUAUAUAGUGGUAAACCUUUAAAAAUAAUUACUGGAGUAGGAAAUCAUUCACCUAAUGGAAUUCCAAAAUUACCUAAUGCUGUGAGACAAGUUCUAAAAAAUAAUUGGGAUUUCGUCGAAAAUCGUGGUCAUAUGAUCGUCAAAGGACAAAUCUUCAAUAUAUAA